GCACGCACGCACGCACGCACGACAUCCCAGGAAACCUGUCUUUACUUAGUGUUGGCUCUCCCCGGGUGCUGGCCACCCCGCCCCGGCUGGAGUAUAACCAAGUGUAGGAAGACAAAGUUCAGACCCGGGGAGGCAGCUUGGCGGGGCCAGCGACGUUGGCGGGGGGAGGGUACCCCGUGGAUCCCCUUGAGCAGACUCCAAAGCAGAGGACGCGGGCAGGAGCGGCUUGGGGAGCUGGGGAGAGGAGCCUGUCCGCCCCACAGACGGCUUAGGGAAAGCUGGCACUCCAAGCGAGGGGCGAGAGUGUGCCCCCCAGCACCUCGAGACCGGACCUACUGAAGCUGCGGGCCACAGGAGACCCGAGCCCUCACGCUAAACCUCGGUUCGGGGGAUAAGCGCCUGCCUAGGUCUCCAGCUCUCGGCCAACAGCUACCCCUAGCGGAAAAGCAACCGUCCCGUCCCCCUCCGUGCUUCCCAGGGCGUUCCGAGAUUCGGCUAGAGAGCCAGGGUAAUGAGGCGUGUGCUCUUCCUACUCCCUGCCCUCUCCAAACCCCGGACUCGGCCCCUAAGGUAUCCUGCCGGGAGGCCACCGGGAAACCCUGGCCCCAGCUGCCCAGGAUCCCCAACUUUGGCUGUCCCUCAGAUUCCAUACACUCUUCUGACAGCCUCCCCACGCCCGAAGCUGAAAGCCGACCGGAGCUGCUGCUCCUUGGACAGACAGGCGGCAGGAGUUCGGGCUGCGUCAGCGAAGGUGUAGGGCGGACUCCGAACUCAGAGAUGGGCAGUGUUUGUGCUGCGGGACAGGAUAGGGAUGUGCGCGUCUAUAGAGUGGAAAGGGAGAGUGCGGAGUGGAAAGCAAAGGAUGUGGGACCAGAGGGAUUCGUUAUGUGGGGAUAGAGAGCAAUGUAAUGUAUCCGUAGUUUUAGAGGGGUAGGGUGCAGAAUUGAGUGGAAUGAGGUUACAUGGUGGUGGUUUGUGCGUCCCAGGAGUGAGGUACACCGAUAGGGUGUGGUUCGGGGUGGUGGAGGUGGAGGUAGAAUGGGGGUGGGGGAAGGUGGGAGAGCGGGUUAUUCCCAUAGCAAGGCUAGAAAGAAGAGUGGGUCUCAGAAGCCGAACUCUGCCGAUCGCUGUCCGCUGCCUUACUGGGGGAAGAUCCGUCGGGCUGGGAGCUGCCUUGAGAUAGCUGGGAGUUUCCCCCCCACACCCGUUUUCUAAAUGAGGUUGGUCUAGAAGACGUCUAAGGUCCCUUCCAGCUAUGAUGUUAGGUAAGUUCUGUUCCCUCCCCCCCUUCACCCUCCUCCGGCUCUCCCUGCUCCAUGGCACGUCUCUAGCCCCUCGUUUGGUCCCUCUCUCCCCUCCUUGCCUGUUUAUUUUUAGGUCAUUGGCGGCGAGCUCUAGGUAAUCCCCAGGCUGAAGUUCCAAGGGGGCGGGGCCCUACUGGGGGCGGAGUCGCCUUUUCUUUUAAACCCGCGACUAUAAAUCCAGUUUAAGGGGAAGCGGGAUCUCAGAUGAGCAGCCCGGACCCAAGUCGGCUAGGGGAGCGAGGGGGUGGGGCCCAGGGCGGCCGCGGCCGCAGCUGCCCAGCUGCGCCGCGGCUAGCCGGCAGGCUCCACUCCCUCCUGGUUCACACCUUGGGCUUUCUUACCCAGGUGGCCGCCUGCUGUUUCCUGGGCCCGCGCUUCCUGGCCACAGCGCUGACGCUGUGGCUACUGGACUUCCUGUGCAUCCGCAAAAAGGUGCUGAUGAGACGCCAGCGCGAAGGCGAAGCUGAGGAUCCCUGGAAGGCGGGCGGGGGCAUGGGCGGGGGUGGAGUAGAGGAGGAGGAUGGGGCAGCUGUUAUCUUGUUCCCGGGGCUACCCCCUGAUGACCCGCCAAUCUGGGUCUCUGACUCCAAUCGGCUCUGCACUAUAGAGUCGCUGAAGGCUGUCUGGCACGGGCAAAAGAUGGACUUCUUCAAGACGGCCCACAAGGGCUCCCCAGCCCCCAAUCCCGAGGUCAUUCAGCUGGAUGGACUGAAAAGACUGCGCAUCCUAGACUUUGCGCGGGGCAGCAGGCCACUGGUCCUCAACUUCGGCAGCUGCACCUGACCCCCGUUUACGGCGCGGCUGCGCGCCUUCCAGCAUCUCGCCUCCACCUUCUUAGACAUCGCAGACUUCUUGCUCGUCUACAUCGAAGAAGCCCACCCUUCCGACGGCUGGGCCAGCUCAGAUGCAGCCUACGACAUCCCCAAGCACCAGUGCCUUCAGGACCGGCUGCGAGCCGCCCGGCUCUUGCAGGAGGGCGCACCGGGAUGCUUGCUCGCUGUGGACACCAUGGACAACGCGUCCAGUGCAGCCUACGGUGCCUACUCUGAGCGUCUCUAUAUCAUCCAAGAGGCCCGAGUCAUGUACCAGGGGGGACGAGGCCCCGAGGGCUACAAGAUCUCGGAACUGAGACACUGGCUUGACCAGUACAAAGACCGCCUGCAGAGCCCACAGGCCUCCGUGGUCCUACCUGUGUAAUCGACCGUUUCCAAAACAAAGAACCCCAAACAAACGUGCAAUUGAAGGUUCUCAAUCACAGAAAGUGACAGUUACACAAAAGAAGGGGGAUGGGAGAAUUAACCCAUGGGGGGGUCCAGUGGGGGAAACACCUCUCUCUUCCCUCCUCCCCAAAUUCCAUUGUUCUCUCGGUUUUUUUUCUCCACUUUGUUGACUGCAGUGCGAACAUUGUACAUGUUGCGUGUGUGCAUGCGUGUGUAAACCUGUGUAACUCCGAGUGCCCGUUGUUUCCCGCAGAGAGAAGACACCCCUGCCACCUGGGACAACUCAACCUCUACGGGGCCAAUCCUUGCUUGCCUGGGAAUAAGGAAGGAAGGAAGGAAGGAAGGAAGGAAGGAAGGAAGGAAGGAAGGAAGGA